CGUACCUAGCUAGGUAAGGCGUCAAAUGUGAUGUGAUGCAAUGCCGGGAAGCUCACGGGGCGAGCAUUUAACCAACAUGGGAUGAUGGGACGAUAUGGGGGCUCAACUUGACUCAAAGAAGCUUGUGUGGCACCUCCACCUUUAAAAAUCCCUAUCCCCUCUUGACUUUUUGCCGCUCAGUUCUUGCCGUCGGGACAGGGCCUGGCAAACAAGGACCCCCAGGUGGGGGGUGGACACGACAGGCGGCGGCUCCUGUGCGAUCCGGCGAUCCGACGACGCUCAAACGCGAGCCUGCAUCGAAAUGGGGCGUAAACCCACGAAAGCCCGCCCUUCCGGUCGUUGCGUUUUGUCCCGCGCGCGGACCGCUCGCAGGCGCUUGGUCCCGAUCCCAAAACGACCCUCAAAGCCCAAGAUUGGGGGAGCCGCGCCCCCACCACCAUCCCAUCUCGAGCUGCUGCUAGGGGCCGCCCUCGCAUACCCGCGCAGGGGAGGCUCCGCUCUUGUUUCUCAGUCCACCCCCGGCUCUUGGGGGUGCUUGACAGGUGCACCGAGACUCGUGAUUUUCAUAAAUGUGAGCUUUGUCCCGUCUUGAGCUCUAGGAUCCGAUCCUUUGCUCGUCUCUUCUUACGCAGGCAAGCCCGUUUCUUCACUUCACUUCUUCGACACCUGCCUAUUCCCCGUAGCAGGUUUCCUUUUUUUCCCAAACAUCAGUGCCGGUCACUCUUUUUAUCGCCUCUUCUUUCUCUUCUUCAGCCGGACCUUUGUCGCCCAACCCUUUGUUUCUUCUUUCCGUCCUCGUGACACCGACACAUACACAACCGCCAAGAUGUGGACUAAGCUUGCUGUCUUCUCCUUCCUGGCCGCGCAGGUUUCCGCGCACGGAAACUUGACCUCGCCCGCCGCAAGGCUCCCCGGGCCGGCCAUGGCCAGGGCCUGCGGUCAGGCCGCCGUCAGCACCGUCCUCGCCGACGGCACCACCCCGAUCGAGAACCUGGGAACCGUGCCUGCGACUUGCAACCCAUUCCUCUGCCGCGGCGCGCAGUUCGACGACAACAAGGCGCGCGUGCAGACCUUCGCGCCGGGUCAGGUCAUCAAGAUGACGGCCAUCCUGCCCAUUCCGCACGAAGGGCCUUGCAACGUCUCGGUCGUCGAGACGGCCACCAACAGGGUCCUGGGCCAGCCCCUCAUCGUCUUCGACACGUACGCCGACGAGAGCCUGGCGGUGCUGCCCGCCAACAACACGGCCUUUGACGUCACCUUCCCCGCCGACCUGCCCGCCGGCAAGUGCGCCGUUGCCGGCCAGUGCGUCCUGCAGUGGUUCUGGUUCGGCACCGGCGCCAAGCAGACGUACGAGAGCUGCGUCGACUUUGUCGUCGGCGCCGCCGGUGCCGGUGCCGGCGCCCCGGCCGCUGCCCCGGCCGGGGCUGGCAGGCUUAGGGCCAAGGCCCGCGGCUGGGCCUGGUAGAUAUGUGGGAUUUAAUGUUGUUAGUCUGGAUAUGAAGAUAAAGCAUCGAAAUACAAAUGGGCAUGGCGUUCAUGGGAGGCUGUUUUUUUAACGCUGAUUAUGGGACAUAGCAUGCAAGAGCAGUUACCAAGUGUAAUUCCAACAGAUAGAACAUUAACAUGUCUGUUGUGGACUUUAUGCG